CUCGCUCGAGAAGCCUCCGCCCCUCAGCUCACCCGUCACCGCGACACCGCCCCCCAUGCGCCGAUUAAUACUGCGCCCGCACUCCACCUCGCGCUCGCCCCGCAUGCCCGCCUCGCCGCGCGCGCGCUGCCACUGCCACCAUGCUCGGCGCGGAGCUCCGGCUCCGCCUCCGCGUGCUCCGCCGCCGACUCCGGGGCCAACGCCGGCGCCGCGGGCGGUCCCGUCGGGGGAGAGCGGCGGUGGAAGGCGGGGGCCGGGAGCCCGUGCUGCUGGUGUCCGGGAUGGGCGGGUCGGUGCUGCACGCGCGCCGGCGGUCCGACCCCAAGUUCGACCUCAGGGUGUGGGUGCGCAUCCUCUUCGCCAACCUCGACUUCAAGAAGUACCUCUGGUCGCUCUACAACGCCCGCACCGGGUACGUGGAGGCGUUGGACAAGGACGUGGAGAUUGUCGUGCCGGAGGACGACCACGGGCUGUAUGCCAUCGACAUUCUUGAUCCUUCCUGGUUUGUAGAACUUGUCCAUCUGACUAUGGUGUAUCACUUCCACGAUAUGAUCGAUAUGCUCAUUAACUGUGGGUACAAGAAAGGGACCACACUAUUUGGAUAUGGUUAUGAUUUUCGUCAAAGCAACAGGAUAGACAAAGUGAUGGCUGGUCUGAGAACAAAACUUGAAACUGCUUAUAAGACCUCUGGAGGGAAAAAGGUUAAUAUAAUAUCACAUUCUAUGGGUGGAUUGCUAGUGUGCUGCUUCAUGUCUAUAAAUCAUGAUGUAUUCACAAAGUAUGUAAACAAAUGGAUUUGCAUUGCUUGUCCAUUUCAAGGUGCCCCAGGAUGCAUCAAUGAUUCUCUACUUACUGGACUGCAGUUUGUUUAUGGUUUUGAGAGCUUCUUUUUUGUUUCUAGAUGGGCAAUGCACCAACUGCUUGUUGAAUGCCCAUCAAUCUAUGAAAUGUUGCCAAAUCUGGACUUCAAUUGGAAGAAAAAACCAAUUAUUCAGGUUUGGCGUAAGAACCCUGAAAAGGAUGGAACGGUGGAGCUAGUUCAAUAUGAAGCAACUGGUUGUGUAUCCUUGUUUGAAGAAGCUUUAAGGAACAAUGAGCUCAUGUAUAAUGGGAAGAAAGUAGCUCUACCAUUUAAUUUGUCGAUCUUCAAAUGGGCCACUGAGACGCGCCGAAUUCUUGACAAUGCUGAACUACCAGAUACUGUGAGUUUUUACAACAUAUAUGGGACAUCUUAUGACACUCCAUAUGAUGUAUGCUAUGGCUCCAAGAGUUCCCCGAUUGGAGAUCUGUCAGAAGUGUGUCACACAGUGCCAGCAUACACGUAUGUGGAUGGAGAUGGCACAGUUCCUGCUGAAUCAGCAAUGGCAGAUGGAUUCGCGGCAAAAGAAAGAGUCGGCAUCAAGGCCGACCACCGUGGCCUGCUGUCCGAUGAGAACGUAUUUGAGCUUCUCAAGAAAUGGCUCGGCGCGAGCGAGAAGGCACAGCGGCGUCGCGUGUCGAAACCCAAAGUGGUGGACCUGAGCUCCUAGCCAGGUCUCCUUGUCGAUACCAUCGCCAACCUCUUCAGGGGACUGUUAUUUUGGCCAUUUCCCUUGAAGAGACGAUGGAACACGAAUUCUGGGGAUUGUAUGUAUAUGUCUAUAUGUCUGCACAAUUUAAAUCUCUGCUGGGAACAAGGGGGGUGCCCCCUGUACACGAUGUAUCGUUGCCGGGCUUGUAUCUUUUCAAGUCUGGCACGCGUAUUCAUUGCGGCCUCCAACGCUGGAGCGUAGUGAAGGUGAAGCAAUAAUGAAAUCGAGCAUGGUUUCGAAAGCAUUCUGGA